GAGACUUGACUGACUCAGGUGUUAUUUAAUAAUUUUUUUUUUUAAUUCUAUUUAUAUAAUAUUUGAUCACCAAAACCAAAUCAGAGAUGAUUUCAUCUUUGUUGGUUUCCAGACAGCCACGAUCCAACAACACAGAACAAAACAGCAGGAAGAAUCCUAAAAAAAACUGAAGAGGGGAGACCGAAGGAAGCUUCUUGGAAGUCUUCAACUCCAAACCAAUUAGGCAAGUUAUCCAUUUUCUUUCCUCUCCUAUAUAAAACUACAACAUGGGAGGGAAGCCUGCAACCCAUGUCUUGAUCUUGGUAUUAACUGAGAAGAAGUAAAUUGGGUCUUUGGUUCAGUGGAAACUGAGAUGGAGAACAGGGGAAAUUCAUCAUCAUCGCCUUCAUUGAUUGAGAGUCCGAUGAGUGAGUACGAGGAUCUGCUACCAGUAAUGGCAGAGAAGCUGGAUGUGGAGAAUUUUAUGUCGGAGCUGUGUGGAGGAUUCCAAAUUCUGGCAGAACCCGAAAGAGGGCUGAUAACACCGGAGAGCCUGAGGAAGAAUUCUUCGCUUCUGGGUAUGGAAGGAAUGUGCAAAGAGGAGUCAGAAGCGAUGGUGAAGGAAGGAGAUUUGGACGGCGAUGGAGCACUUAAUGAGAUGGAGUUCUGCAUCUUAAUGGUCAGGCUCAGCCCUGGCAUGAUGCAGGACGCUGAGGCCUGGCUUGAGAAGGCCCUCCCUCCACUGGGAGAUGGGAGCUGAGGCAAUCUGUUUAGUUAGUUUCCUAUUGAAAUACUGUUUUAACCUUCUUUAUAGAAACUUCUGAUCACAAUUGUUCAUGUUCUGCACUUCCACUAAGAAAUUAAAACUUGCCACUCGAAGAAAUUAUAACUUGAAAGAGAGACUAUUCUUUGAUCAA